AUGCCGUUCGAUAAGUCGCUUCUUCGGGAGUGCCCCACAUUAUACCCGUCUCAUCACGAGUUCGAUGACCCGAUUAUGUACAUGUCAAGCCCCGAGGUAAAAGACCUUGGAAGGAAACAUGGCUUGGUGAAAAUCGUGCCACCUGCACCUUGGAAACCGCCGUUCUCGUUGUCUCCUUCGUUCACAUUCCACACGAGAAUUCAGAAGCUUAGUGACUUGGGAAUAACAUCCAGGAGCAGAAAGUUUUUUGUUGACAAUUUGAACAGAUUCUUCAAAAUGUCCAACAAGGCGCCUGUAAACGAGUGGCUUGUGUCAAGAUCAAAAAACAUCCAUUGCUACGACUUGUAUCUUGCUGUGAGUAAAACGUCGCCCGAGGCUGUGGCUACUGGCGACAUCCCUCCCGAAGAAUUGGCCAAAAUCAACAUAUUAUUUCAAAUUCCCUCUCAUAGCGAUAUUUUGCUAAAAGAGUACCGCAGGAAAAUCCUCCCAUAUGCGAAAUAUCUCUCUUCCAAUGGCAACCAUUUCGACUUUCCUGUGGGAAAUCCAGGUGACUCCGAGAGCUGCGUUAUCUGCAAAAAGAACCACUCGCCAACAACAACUUUGUUGUGUGACAACUGCGAUGACCAGUUUCAUAUGCGAUGUCUCCUGCCUCCACUCGAGGAAGUGCCCAAAGGAUCCUGGUACUGUGACAAAUGUUUGAUCGGAACAGGCGAAUAUGGAUUUGAAGAAAACCGGGAAGUCAAGUAUACUCUCCAGCAAUUCUACCAUCAAUGCCUCGAAUUUGAACAAAAAUUCUCUGCCGAUUUUGGAAUACCAGGCCAACGCUUAACUUUAGAUGAGCUCGAAAAGAUAUUCUGGAAUCUAGUGGAGGAAGAAAACUCUCUGAUUAAAGUCAAGUACGGAGCUGACAUUCAUAACCUGAAAAUGGGAGAGAUAACGGGAUUUCCUACAUCAGAGUAUGCUAAUCCGGCUCAUAUCUACCAAAAUGGCCAGCCCGUGGACCCAACGUUCAAAGCCCUUCAUGAAGUAUACGCGAAACAUCCAUGGAACCUAACUCAAUUGCCAUUCGCUAGAGGCUCCCUUCUUAAUCACAUAGAAACAGAAAUAUCGGGCAUGACUGUGCCAUGGAUCUACGUUGGUUCUCUUUUAUCCACAUUCUGCUGGCAUGUGGAAGACCACUAUACGCUUUCGGCCAAUUACUGCCACUUUGGAAGCACCAAGAAAUGGUACGGUAUUCCUAGUGCUUAUGCGGACCAAUUCGAGAAAUACUUGAGGUCCUUGGCGCCGGACUUGUUCCAAAGACAACCUGAUUUGCUUCAUCAAUUGGUGACACUCAUUUCGCCCUCAAAGCUUGCUCUGAUUGGAAUUCCCUGUGUCUAUGCGGACCAGAAUCCGAACGAGUUUGUCAUUACGUUUCCGCGGGUUUACCAUGCUGGCUUCAACAGUGGUUUCAAUUUCAAUGAAGCUGUGAACUUUACGAUGGACUCGUGGCUUGAUUUCGGUGAUCGGUCUAUACAAGACUAUAAGUUGAUCAAGAAAGAGAAUGUUUUCGACCACUAUAAAUUAUUGGAGAACAUACUUAAAAGCUUUUCCGGUGACAGGCUGGGGUCUUGGAAUAAUAGAACAGAGAUAGUUGGCAAGUGCAUCCGGGAUUUUGAGAAUUACGUACACCGACAAAUGAGUUUAGUCAGAGACUUGGAAAGUGAUAAGUUGAAAGCAGUUCUUUUAUCGUCAAAGAAAGAGAACACCACUAAUGGUUCUGCGCAUACCUCGAUAUUGACUCCGAAAAGCCCCAAACACGAAAUGAUAUCCCGGGCCAGUGAAGAGGACGACAACCUAUGUGAUAUCUGCAGAGUCUCAAUUUCGUAUCAAUAUUGCGACAUCAAUAACAGGAAUCAUCGUUUCGGAAAGUGGUACCAAGGCAGACAGAAGAAAGAAUCAAGGGUUUUGGCCGUCAACAAACUUUUGACUCCUGAUCCAUCACCUUGCUUGACAGAAGGUAGUACCUCAUUACCACGUGGGAGUGCAGAAGAGAUUGCUCUGUCCCAGUCCGCUGAGGCCUUGCAAGACUUGCAAGAUAGCGAGGAAGAUGAGAUACCAACCUCAAGUGACCAAUUCGAGGAGCUUAUCAGACAAGCAAAGAGAAAGAUGAAAGAGGAGGAGGACUUAAAAGAUCCCGAGUCAAGUGGCGCAAAGAGAAGGCAAUUGAGAAGGCUGGAGGCCAAGAAAUUUGUCCCACAGCAAGUAUCGACGGAACCAGAGCGGGGCAAGUUGGGCAAGAUGAGUCAAAUGAAAAAGGUACAGUACAGCUCCCUUCUCCAUCUGCUCAACCAGCUCGACCAUGUCAAGCUAUGUUUGGAAUGCACUGCGAAAAUGUGCGGCACGCAUGGGGAGAAAGUGCCAAAAGGAUCCCAAAUACUGCUAAAGAAAGGCUUUGAGGAUAUGCAAUCGGUGUUGGAGGAAGCGAAAGAUCGAUACUUUACAUUGCUCGAGCGAUAA